GGACCCUCCACACCACAGACAUGUCCUGCUACAACAUCUGCCGCCCCUGCGGACCCACCCCGCUGGCUAACAGCUGCAACGAGCCCUGUGUCAGGCAGUGCGAGGACUCCCGCGUCGUCAUCCAGCCUCCUGCCGUGCUGGUCACCCUGCCAGGACCCAUCCUCAGCUCCUUCCCCCAGAACACCGCCGUUGGAUCCUCCGCAUCAGCUGCCGUGGGCAGCAACCUCAGCGCCCAGGGAGUGCCCAUCUCCUCCGGGGGAUUCGGAGGCUUUGGCCUUGGAGGCUUUGGCUUCGGAGGUCUUGGCUGCAUCAACGGCGGAAGAGCCUGCUACCCCUGCUAAGGACCCACGCCAACACCCCUGACAGAAGCUUCCAACACCGUGAAAGACAGCUCUCAGACUGAGGACGCACCUCUGCGCUGUUCAUGGCACGCGGGCUCACCAGCCGCGACUCCUCAUUCCACGGCACAACAAAGCAAGCAAGCAAGGAAGGGGCCAGCCCAUGCUGUCAGGACACAUGGCCAACAUACCUCCUUCUUUCUUCCUCUUUCUCCUUUCUAUAGCACCACCUUCUACAGCCGCUACUCUCUACUGCUAUGACUGGUUCAUAAGCCAAAUGCCACCAUGGAUUGACCCCAUCUCUGCUACUCUUCUCAAAAGCACAGGAAGUUGUCAGUGCCCUGGAGAAAUGUGCUGUAGACAAGGGACAGCAGCUGGCGGUCACUCUAAUAGCACCUCAGACCCUGGCGCUUUUAUUGGUGCUCCUUCCUUUUAUUUUUUUUCCCCUCAAUAAAAUCUACCUGCAUCCCA